AUGCGUAGCUUUGAGACACUUAUAGAGAAUCAUGUUGGAACCAACUUCAAGCCAAAAACGUUGCGCUAUCUCUUUACGAGGCUUUCUAACACAACUGAAUUUCCAGGCCUCCCUUUCCGAAAUAGUGUCAAACGCGACCUAGCUGAGCGGGUAUAUGAUGCUAUUUGUACCAAUCAAGAAAUAAUUUACCCUGCUAAUCUGGAAGUUGCCGACACUCACAAAACCUCAAUCAACAACAAUCCUAUUAAUGAAUGCCGCCAAAAAUUACAUGGCUUGAACCUGACUGAAGCAGAUUACUAUGCUAAACCUUACUUGUAUUUGCCGUGGUUAUACCAUGUUUUAGAAAGAAUGGAGCAGCAAGUCAUCACUCGCUAUUACACAACCGGGUUGAAAAAGCUCAAAUAUCACGGCUAUAGAAGAAACAAGCAAAAAGCAUUGACCGAAGUGUGUAAACGGUUGUUUACAGGUAGCAGAAAGUACCAAGAAGGCAAUCCUGAUAUACAGCAAGCAAAUCAGCAAAAGUGGAAGCCGUUAGCCCCUAGAGACAAUGCCGGUGAAGCUGAAAGGCCUACUGUAGUGGCGUUUGGUUCUGCUCGGUUCGGUGAGCUUCGUGGGAAUGUACCUUCUCCAACAAAGGCAUUCGGAAAAGCCUUGCUAAAUUAUGUCAAAUCAACCAGAUGCAACCAGCCAAAUUCAAGAAACCUUAACAAUUGA